AUGUCAUCAGCUUUUAUGUGGGAGCAGCUUCUCUUUGCUCUUCAUCUGCAUCCUCCUACCUUGAGUGAACGCAGGGAAUUUCGUGGUCGGGGAGAACGUGGGGGCUUUCGUGGCAGAGGUGAUCGUGGUGGGUUUAGUGGCAGAGGUAGAUCAGAUGGGGAAUGUUCUGGUGGCAGAUGGGGAUCAGAGAGAGGAGAUCGUGGUGGGUUUGGUGGUUCUGGUGGCAGAUGGGAAGCAGGGAGAGGAGAUCGUGGUGGGUUUGGUGGCAGAGAUAGAUCAGAUAGGGAAGGUUCUGGUGGCAGAUGGGGAUCAGAGAGAGGAGAUCGUGGUGGGUUUGGUGGUUCUGGUGGUAGAUGGGGAGCAGGGAGAGGAGAUCGUGGUGGGUUUGGUGGCAGAGGUAGAUCAAAUGAAAAAGGUUCUGGUGGCAGAUGGGGAUCAGAGAGAGGAUUUGGGGGCCGAGGCCGUGGAAGGAGUGACCAAUCUAGAGGUUGGAGUAGUAGAAGGGAUUCUGGUGGGGAUGGUUCUUCUGACUGGAAGGAGGGAGAUACUGUAGAAGGAUGGAAGAAUAGUAACAGAUCUGGGGCAUGGAACCGGGAAGGUGGUGACAAGGAUGGGCAGAGCUGA